AUGGAGGGUGGCAGCCUAAAGAGGUCUACAACAUCCUUUAGAAGACAAGGAUCCUCGGGGUUGGUAUGGGAUGACAAGUUCUUAUCAGGAGAAUUGAAGCAAAACGAAGAAAAGGCAGAAAUAAGUAGUCCAAGAUCAUCAAAUAAUGGAAAGAUGCAACGCAGUCGCUCCGCCGGAGGAGCUAUCUACCGUACGGUCAAGGUUUCAUCUUCACCAAACGUCGACCCUCCAUCUCCUAAAGUCUCAGGCUGUGGAUUGUGUGUCAUUUUUGGCAAGCCAGUUUCUACCCAUCAACGAAAGUCCUGUAAGCGUUAA